AUGCCACAUUCAAAGGGAUCGCCGCCGGAUUCAGAUCUCGCUCGGAAUGGCCGACGACCACAUUACUGGAAAGACCCCAAUGGCGAGCUCUGGUAUUGCAUCAGGGAGCCCUUGGAGCGUCGCGAUAUUCUGGGAAUGACAGAUGGGAGCAUCGUGUCACACUAUCUGCUCAACCAGAGAGUACCAAGACACCCCUACAGGUUGGCGCUUUACCGAUGCCUCGGAAGUCUAUCAGACGCCUCUGAAUGGGUCUACUCUCACCAUGUCAUUGACAUGAGUCGUGUAUCCGCCACUACGCGAGGAAUGCCGCGCUUUCUGUUCCGUGUCUAUGGCCAGAGAAGCGCUGGUGAUAACAGACCUGGAUGGUUUCAAAGUGAGAGAGAAAAACGCGGACUCUGUGGCGAUCUCGAAGAUAUGAGUGAGCAAGACAUCAGAGACAGCCUGCUCGGUCACAUGGCUUCAAGAAGAAAGGACUUCGCCAGCCCAUGGGUUUCAUUGUCAUGCUCGGUCCUGUGGCUGAUGGCUAAGGUGCUGCGCUUGAUGCAAGAGGGCCACAACAUCAAUAAAUUGCAAAUUGCAGUCAUCGACUCUCUAGAUUUGCCUAACGCCGCUUAUCUUUACCAUGCUGGUGCGCUGCUCAGCGCGUACGACGUUGAACAAAAGAUGGUGUACCGAAAUAUGGGUUGCUCAAUGGCCUUGGUAUGGAAAGAGAUCAAAGCACCCAUGGCGGUUAUCUUGGUCAAAGAUUUCUUGCCAGAUCUUUUGGGGAAAGACCACAUUCGACCCGGAUAUCUGUCUCUGCAACCAUUCCAUAAAGAAUCAGUGGAUGCCGAGUUCACUAAAAGGUUUAGUGCUCUUCGGGAGCCACAGAAGCUACCCGAGUCAAACAGCAAAGAGAAGAGACAAGAAGGAAGGAAGUCGCGGUCGACGAAAUCUUACAGCCGCAUCCUUAAACCUGCCAUCAUCCGCAAAAGGAUCUUCCGGCAGAAGUCAAUAAGGUUCUUCUUACAGGAAUGUCUCAAGCAGCAAGCUCCAAGGCUAUACUACAAAAAGCAUGUGGCCAAGAGAAUCCCCAAUAAAGAAUUCUGUCCGGAGCCAACAGACUUACUUAAAGGAAUCUCUUCGGUUGAGGUGGCAGAAUUCAUUGAUUUGGUGAAGAGGAAUGUCAGCAAUCCCAAAUUCCAGCUUCCUGUUCUGAUCUUUCUACUUUCAACACGGACGGAUCAGUUCUAUCCUGACUCGAUCGUGGACCAGAUCGGCGAGCUUGACAGCAAUGAUCCAAUGAUCCAAGAACAUAAGAAGUGUUUUGUCCGCUCUGAUGCCUCUGGUGUCGGGUCGGUCCCGGAGAUCCUUAGUUUCGAGCCAUUGUACCGAGACUGCUGCGAGAGGCUCGGAAUCACGACCCAUACCUUCGAAUAUCUUCCACGGAACUUCAGAGUCGUCGCUUCGCCGCACACAAGAAUCCCUAACAUUACCCCGGAUAGCCUCAAGUACGCUGACAUCUGCGAGACUCAGAGUUCCCGACGUCUUCGAGAGAAACACGAAUUGACGAAGAACGCGACUAGCCCAGAGCAGCCAUCAGUGAGCCCAGGAAUUUCAAUAACUCAGUCAAAUAGACUGUUGACCUCGAAGAACUUGCCCCAGUCUUUGCUCAUCUCGUCUGCCACCAUUUCCGAGAUCGAGACAGGUGUCACCCCGGCGACUGGUGAUCAGGAGUCAUCAAAGCCAGCCAGCAUGAAGCGAGAAGCUCUGCCUGAAGCAGUGGACCCCGAACCGCAACGGAAGAGAAUGUGUAUAGCGCCCGCAGGCAAGGCGAGAUCGACCUUGACAGCUACUCUGGAAGAAGUGACUGGAUGUUCUUGGCCUCUCCCUACACCGAGAAAGGUGAGGCGUUUACGUAUCGUCACCGACGAAGAGAGAAUCCUCAUUGAAAAGCUCGAAGCGCUCGACGAGGUGGAGCAGACGACACAAAUUCCAACAUAG